UUCAAGGCGCAGUUCGGUGACAAGCCCAGCGAGGGCCGGCCCCGGCGCACGGACCUGACGGUGCUGGUGGCUCACAACGACGACCCCACCGACCAGAUGUUCGUCUUCUUCCCGGAGGAGCCCAAGGUCGGAAUAAAGACGAUCAAGAUGUACUGCCAGAGGAUGCAGGAGGAGAACAUCACCAGAGCGCUGAUCGUGGUACAGCAAGGCAUGACUCCGUCGGCAAAGCAGUCCCUGGUAGAUAUGGCUCCCAAAUACAUUCUGGAGCAGUUCCUGCAGCAAGAGCUUCUGAUCAACAUCACAGAACACGAGUUGGUCCCGGAACACGUUGUCAUGACGAAGGAAGAAGUAACUGAGCUACUGGCCAGAUAUAAGCUGAGAGAGAACCAGCUCCCGAGGAUACAGGCAGGGGAUCCUGUGGCCCGGUACUUUGGAAUAAAGCGUGGCCAGGUAGUGAAGAUCAUAAGACCGAGUGAGACUGCAGGCCGCUACAUCACCUACAGACUGGUGCAGUAA